AACUCCCAAUUCGUCUCGCCCUGCGUCCAUCGGGUUUUGAUUUCCCCCCACGCCCCCGCACCUCCCACCCCUCUCCCUCCCCUUCUUAUCCCCCUGCUUCGCACGCACCACGCUUUCUCAACUCACCCCAUCUCCACUUACAACGACCCCUCCUCUCUCUCUCCUUGCCCUUUACCUUUCUGCCCUCGCGCAACGAAACCCUAACCCUAAGAUUUCAACAUGAAAGGAGGGAAGUCGAAGGCCGACACGUCGAAAAAGGCCGAUUCCAGGCUCUCGACGAAGAGGAAGGGGGUGGAGAAGGCGACGAAAACGGCUAAGAAGGCGAAGGCCGGCAAGGACCCGAACAAGCCGAAGAGGCCACCCAGCGCCUUCUUUGUCUUCAUGGAGGAGUUCAGGAAGCAGUUCAAGGAGAAGAACCCUAAUAACAAGCUAGUCUCCGUGGUUGGCAAAGCUGGAGGUGAUAAGUGGAAAUCCCUGUCUGAAGCUGAGAAGGCUCCUUACGUGGCGAAGGCGAACAAGCUGAAGUCAGAGUAUACCAAGAACAUUGCCGCUUACAAUAACAAAAUGUCUGAGGGACCACACAGUAGAGCUGAUGAGGAAGAAGAAUCGGACAAGUCCAAGUCUGAGGUGAACGAUGAGGACGAAGAAGGGAGCGAAGAGGAAGAGGAGGAAGAUGAGUAGAUGAAUGGGUGGACGAUAGUGGAAGGAGAAGCAAAGGAUGGCGCAUCAAAGCUUCUCUUCUGUUUACCCCCUUUUCCCCUCUUAAAUUUCGUCCUUUUGCCUCCCUUUUUUUACUCAUUAGAAAAAAAAGAUCUGGAAGUAGAAAUUAGAAUUCUACUCUUUGAAAAAGAUCUAGAAGUAGAAAUCAGAAUUCGACUCGUUACCGUGGGGAACUAUACCCUUUUGUGAGAGAUGUGGC